UCCUCAAGCUCAGUUCUCACCUACAGUACUGAUCUGACAAGUUCCUCUCAGUUUCUCCUUCUAGCCAAGCUUUGUCAAUCGAUUCUUUAUUUCGGCCCAUAAUGCGGAAAUCCAUCAUUGGAAUGAAGCACCGGUGAAUGUUUUAAUCAUGGCCACUACGGAGUGCACGAAGCCUGGGAGACAGUUCACCAAGACGAGCCCGGACCCACAGCACUCCGAGCCAUGGAAACGGCACAUCGUCCGGCAGCUGAAAUAUCGCGAUAAGGCGCAGAAGAUCGUCUUCCAAGAUGUGAUUCGAUCAUAUGUCAAGCUGCUUGAACGCUGCGCGCAAAGUGCAGUAAUCACCAAAGGCCUCAUCUCCUCGCCAAGACUGUUUUCCUCAUCUGAGGAUUUGUCAUCCCUGAAGACAGCCACGGGUGAGCUUGCUUACAAAGUACUGGAGCUGCAACAAGAGAUAAAAAUCAAGGACACUUUUCUUGAAAGGCAACAUACCAGGUUGCAUGAUACUCAGAACAGCCUCAUGGUUGUGGAAUUAGAGAAAGGCAGACUGAAUUCUGAUGUGAAGAAGAUGACUGAUAGCAACUUACUCCUCAAGAGUAAGUAUGACACUCUGCGUGAGCGCUAUCAGCACUUGGAUGAAGUGUACAGGAAUGAGAAACUCCAUGGCUCAGAUAUCCUGGAGGACAUGAUUCACUUCAAAGAACAGGCAGCUGCUCGGAUGAACCACCGCAACGAGAGGCGACUGAGAGCAAGGCAAGCUGGUCUUCAUAAGGAGCUUGAGGUGGCUGCCAGUGAAAGUUUGAACACUGACAAAGUACCCCAAAGUGUAUCAUUACCAUCAUCACCAUUACUACACAGGAAUGAAAGUGGAGAGGUUUUGGAACGUAGCCCUUUACGACCUUUCAGGUCAGCUUCAGUUACUUCUCCUCGGAUUCUUGGCUCAAUAAGAGGUUUAUUUGAAAAGAAGAGGCGAGGUAAUUCAGUUAGCAGUUUGGAAGAGGAUCGCUAUACUCCUUUAGUUUGCUUAGUAGCUAGAGUCCCAACCAAAGUCAUUCAUGCAGUGGAUGCUCAUGAGCUUGGAAUCAAUGCAGUGAGAUUCAGCCCGCAGUCAAAUCUGCUGGCCACUGGAGGCACAGAUAGGGUGAUCAAACUGUGGGACAUCAGUUCAGGCAUGCUGCACUACAGAGGGACACUAGAUGGGAGCAAUGAGGGCAUCACCAGCAUUGAGUUUGACUCUAUGGGCAGGCGAAUUUUAGCUGGAUCAUACGACAACUCAGCUCUUAUUUGGCGGUUGGAUGACUCUGUUCCAAAGUUUACGCUGACAGGCCAUUCUCGCAAAGUGACAGCAGCUAGGUUUAGGAGUAACCUAAGGCAGGUGGUCACUGGGAGUGGAGAUAGGACUGUAAAAAUCUGGGACCUGCAACGUGCUGCCUGUAUACAGACCAUUGAGGUAUUGUCCUACUGUAGUGACAUAGUGUGCUCAGACUAUUACAUAAUCAGUGGCCAUUUUGACCGAAAAAUACGCUUCUGGGACAGCAGGGCAGCGAGCUGCACUCAGGAAGUUCCCCUACAGGGGAGGGUGACAUCACUUGACAUCUCACCCAACCACAGAGAGUUACUAAGUUGCUCAAGAGAUGAGAGCCUGCAGCUGGUGGAUCUGAGAAUGAGCAAACCCAGAAUGGCCUUCCGGGCAGAAGGUUUCAAAUGUGGAAGUGACAGCACCAAGGCUAUCUUCAGUCCAGAUGGAAGUUACCUGGCAGCUGGCUCUGCAGAUGGUGGUGUGUACAUCUGGAACAUUAACACAGGCAACCUGGAAACGUGCCUACUAGACAUGCAUAGAACCUCAGUUAAUGCAGUGGCUUGGUCAAUGUCAGGGGAGUAUAUGGUGAGUGUUGAUAAGAGCCGAUGUGCCAUUCUGUGGAGUGACAUCUGAAACUGGAUUUAAGUACUGUCUGCUGUUUAUUUACACACCAGAGUCAAUGGGGUGUGGCUUUAUAAAGCAGUCAAGAUUGAUAAAACACCUUGAUUGUUUCCCCACAAAUUAUUGAAUUAAAGUGUGAAGCCAUGUAUUAGUUUAUUAGACAUUUAAAGUGUGCUCCUUAAAUAUGUAUUCACUCAAGCAUAUUGACUUACAGAUUUAAAGCCUGGUGACAAAAAGUCACAGAUUGCAAGAAACUAAGUAGAUACUGUAGGUGAUGAUUGGUUUCAUUCUAAGUCAUGUUCAUAUUUCCAUCAUUAAUAUGUUCUGUUUGAGUACAUAGAAAUUAGCUAAUUAUAUUUCACACUGUAAAAACAGAUUUUGUACAGUAUGUCUAUUUUGUAACGUAUAUGUUAGUAUUGUGCAGUAAAAAAAUGCACCAAUUUAGACCCUGUAUCAAUACUUAGUUUGUGUUUGAGUGCUUCCUCAACCACUCUGAGAGGUUGUUUGAUUGUCCUAACCACAUGCAUUUACAUUCUCAUUUUUUAAGAUAUCCAGUGAAAUGUAUAUAUUUGUUUAUAUUCUAAUUUUCAACCCAGUUGUACUGAAUGUUGUGGUUUAUAUACAGACUAUUAUAUAAAUAAAUUUCUUACCAUUUUUCUUACCAUUA